GGAAAGCACUCAAAGAGACCCCGUUCGUUUGAGGCCUGCGACAGACAGACCCAUUUUGUUUGAGCAAACCAAAGAAGGCUACAGUAACGCCGGCAUCUUGGUUAUUACGCUGUUUUCGCGAAGCAAAUCUACCCACGGUUGAUCUACAUCGUGUACUUCUUUUGGAAUUUUUGAGUAUGUCGGUGGACAUGGACUCAGAUCACGUUAACGGCAACGGGACGGAGGAACCAAUGGACACAACAGCAGCGGUCUCACGCUCGGAACACUUUCAGACUUUACUGGAAGCUGGCUUGCAGCAGAAUGUAGCAGAGAAGCUUGACGAACUCUAUAUGGCAGGUCUGGUAGACCACAGUGACCUUGACGAAAGAGCUCUUGAAGCUUUGAAAGAGUUCACGGAGGAGCGGGCCCUGCAGGUUCUGGUUCAGUUUAAGGAGAGUGAUCUGUCACACGUUCAGAACAAAAGUGCGUAUCUGUGUGGAGUGAUGAAGACUUACAGGCAGAGAGAAAAACAAGGGACAAAGGUUUCAGAUGCUACUAAAGGACCAGAUGAGGUCAAAAUCAAACAUCUCUUGGACAGAACAGACUACACUCUUGAUGUCACAACCGGCCAGCGAAAAUACGGUGGACCCCCGCCUGAGUCGGUGUAUACUGGAGCUCAACCCACCGUGGGAACAGAGAUUUUCAUAGGAAAGAUUCCCCGUGACUUGUUUGAAGAUGAGCUGGUUCCUCUCUUUGAGAAGGCAGGCCCUAUUUGGGACUUGCGACUCAUGAUGGACCCUCUGAGUGGCUUGAACCGAGGUUACGCCUUUGUCACAUUCUGCGCCAAAGAGUCUGCUCAGGAGGCAGUGAAGCUGUGCAAUGAUCACGAGAUCCGACCAGGCAAGCACAUUGGUGUGUGCAUAUCUGUGGCCAACAACAGGCUCUUUGUGGGCUCCAUCCCCAAAAGCAAAACAAAGGAGGAAAUUAUGGAAGAGUUCUCUAAAGUCACAGAGGGCCUCAGUGACGUCAUACUCUACCAUCAGCCUGAUGACAAGAAAAAGAACAGAGGUUUCUGCUUCCUGGAAUAUGAAGACCAUAAAACCGCUGCUCAGGCCCGCCGCCGGCUUAUGAGCGGCAAGGUGAAGGUUUGGGGCAACGCAGUGACCGUGGAGUGGGCGGACCCCAUUGAAGACCCCGAUCCAGAAGUCAUGGCUAAGGUCAAAGUGUUGUUUGUGCGUAAUCUGGCUAACGGCGUAACUGAAGAAACCUUGGAGAAGAGCUUCAGCCAUUUUGGAAAGUUGGAGCGAGUCAAGAAGCUGAAGGACUACGCCUUCAUUCACUUUGAGGAGCGCCAAGGUGCUGUGAAGGCGCUGGAGGACUUGAACGGCAAAGAGCUGGAAGGAGAACCCAUAGAAAUAGUGUUUGCCAAACCGCCUGACCAAAAAAGGAAGGAGCGAAAAGCUCAGAGACAAGCUGCCAAAACCGAAUUGUAUGACAACAAUUACUACUAUUCUUCCCCGCCCCACAUGACUCCUCUUACUAGAGGGCGGGGCCGAGGCAGUGGCCGGGGCGGCUACCCAUACUCUCAAGACUACUACGGAUAUGAGGACUACCAUGACUACUACGGAUACGACUAUCACAACUACCGCGGUGGCUAUGACGACCCCUACUACGGUUACGAAGACUACCAAUCCCCGGCCCGAGGACGGGGUGGCAACAGGGGUGCCAGAGGCGGAGCCUCCCUGGGCAGAGGACGUGGCAGAGCCAGCUUCUCCCAGCGCGGCGGACCUGGACCAGUCCGAGGAGGCCGGGGCGCCAGAGGAGGCUUGCAGCCGCGAGGGCGAGGAGGGCAGGGUAAAGGAGACGAGGUUGGACCUGGUGUGUUGCCGUGAGGAUGCAUGGUGUACCACGCUGCAGGCUGGAUGCAACGACGUGACUAGAGAGUGGGCUCCCUGCGUCGCUCCUGACCACACUGCAUCAGGACAUGCUAGUCGCUGAACGAUGAGCAAGUUGGGCCUGGCGGUUGGAAAGUAGGAGAAGGAGCAGCUCGUUAGUCUGCUGCUGCCAUGGAUGACAUCGUGAAAAGUCAGUGUUUUUGUCGGAAAUUAUUUGUGUAUUUGACCUUUUACAUGUUCUUGCUUUAGUUAGCUGGAAAAGACUUGCUGAUGACGAUGUGAAGGAAAUCCUUUCAAAAUGCCAAAAAGUCACAUUUUUAAAGGUGACACUUUUUUUUUUAAUACUGUACAUAUUUUUAUUUCAUAACUUUAUGCUUGACUUAUUUGAAAACAGCAACUUUUGACUCUCUACAAACGUUUGCUAACAAAUAUUAAUUUUGUACUGUAUGAUGAUUUGUACAUAUUUUUCUAAUAAAGACUGAUGAUUGUUUGAAAUGUGAGAAAAAUACAAACGUCUCGCCUCGACUACUGUAACGUAUUAUUUUCGGGUCUCCCCAUGUCUAGCAUUAAAAGAUUACAGUUGGUACAAAAUGCGGCUGCUAGACUUUUGACAAGAACAAGAAAGUUUGAUCACAUUACGCCUGUACUGGCUCACCUGCACUGGCUUCCUGUGCACUUAAGAUGUGACUUUAAGGUUUUACUACUUACGUAUAAAAUACUACACGGUCUAGCUCCAUCUUAUCUUGCCGAUUGUAUUGUACCAUAUGUCCCGGCAAGAAAUCUGCGUUCAAAGGACUCCGGCUUAUUAGUGAUUCCCAAAGCCCAAAAAAAAGUCUGCGGGCUAUAGAGCAUUUUCCGUUCGGGCUCCAGUACUCUGGAAUGCCCUCCCGGUAACAGUUCGCGAUGCCACCUCAGUAGAAGCAUUUAAGUCUCACCUUAAAACUCAUUUGUAUACUCUAGCCUUUAAAUAGACUCCCUUUUUAGACCAGUUGAUCUGCCGUUUCUUUUCUUUUUCUUCUAUGUCCCUCUGUGUAUCGGCUGGGGACAUCUCUGCGCUGCUGGUCCGCUACCCUUGGGAUGGUUUCCUGCUGGCUCCGCUGUGAACGGGACUCUCGCUGCUGUGUUUGGACUGGACUCUCGCGACUGUGUUGUAUCCAUUGUGGAUUGAACUUUCACAGUAUCAUGUUAGACCUACUCGACAUCCAUUGCUUUCCUCCUCUCUAAGGUUCUCAUAGUCAUCAUUGUCACCGACGUCCCACUGGGUCAUUAUUGUCACCAAUGUCCCACUGGGUGUGAGUUUUCCUUGCCCUUAUGUGGGCCUACCGAGGAUGUCGUGGUGGUUUGUGCAGCCCUGUGAGACACUAGUGAUUUAGGGCUAUAUAAGUAAACAUUGAUUGAUUGAUUGAAAUGUAAUGUACAUAGAGGACUUGUUUUCAACUAGUCAGAGUUGAUUCGGAAGAGGCUGAUUCGACCAUCAACCUAGCAGGUUAUUCGUCAGAAAUGUACUCCUUUUAGUCAAAUUUGAAGUGCUAAAUUUUGUUGCGUAUGCACAGCCCCAGAGCAGAGGGCCUCAGAGAACAAUCUAAUUACUGCAUUUAUCAGAGGUUAAACCUAAGGUGGAAAAAGUUUCAAAUGAGAUAUGUUUUAAUCACUUAUUCAAAGGAAUAUUAUAUUAAGUACCUUAAAUCAUCUUUAUGGUUGCUAGAUUUACGCCAUGCGACUUCACUCCGUCACCAGUUUGUGAUGAUUCAAGUGCAUACUGUUUCUUUAAUUUAUAUUGUUAAAACUCCAUGACUCAGAUUUGACUUAAUAUCCUUAGUCGAAGACAGCCCUUAGCCAUAUAGGUGAUACAAGAUACAUAAUGUACUGUAAUAUGUACACGUGAUGGUGUCAUGCAUGUUUACAAUUUCCAUUAAACAUACACAGUUCCCA